UGAGAGAAAAACAAGCUAGUUGCUCCGGUGCCCCCUCACGUUAUGGGAUUUCUCUGCAUGUGCACGGUGUAGUAGCUGUCAGCCAUACGCAUGCGCAGUGGCGGAGCGUGACAAUAAAAACAACGCGUAAGCAGAACGUAGUGGUAACCCUCCGAACAUGCAUUAAUGCCUUUACUUUCAUUUCCAUUGCUUAUGAUAACACAUACUGUAUUAUUAUUUUGCUAUUAGGGAACCAAAUGGUUAACUAUGAUGUAUCUCUCUUCAUAUGUCAUUUAUUGUUUUGUUUAAAUGAUUUGAAGAAAUUGCUACCCUUUCCCAUCAACGUUACUUACAGCAUAAGUGAUGUUUAAACAAUACUUUUAAUUUGGACAUAACUCUCCUUGGUGAUUGACGUAAACGUGAUUAAUCCAUCUUUGUGCAGAAGGUGAGGUUUGAAGGUCACGUCAACACCAAAGAUGCCUGCUAGUUACCUUUUGGCAAAGGAGGAGAAAUACAGGCUGCUAAAUGCAAAGCUGGAGGCUAAAACGGCAACUCUAGCAAUGCAAGAAGAUCAACUUAAGAAAGAACGGGAUGAGUUUCUAUCAAAAACUUCAGCAACACCCCCACUCAAGGAUGUGGAGGACGAAAAAGCAGCAAGUAAAGCCAAGGAUCGACUGACGCCCGUGCAGAGGCCUCGUGAGAGGGUGGAGUCCAAAAGGCGGGUGAGAUCAGCAUCGCAAGGGAGAACAACAGUUUGUGGAGAUGGUUUAGGACCUGUAGCAGAUCCCACGGAGUCCUUCCUGGCAAAAAACAUACAAAACAUGGAGGACAAGAUGAAUUGUGACAAUAAUGUGUUCGGUGAUGGAGACAACGAAGGCAAGGGUGUUUCAUCUGCACAAAUACAUGCUCUGGUGGCGAACAUAAAGAUCAUGCAAGGGGAAAUGGAUCAGCUUAUGAGCGAGAGACAAAAUAAGGAGGAUGAAAACAUGAGACUGAAUACAAAAAUCCGGCAGCUGGAGGAGGAUCGAGUCAAGCUGCAGAGGACCGUCAACAUCCAGCAGACGAAGAUUGACAAGCUGAAAGCGUCCGAGAACGAGGCCGUCAUCAGCUGUGACAGCCUUCACCUGCAAGUGUCUGCUUUGCAAAAGGAAAUGGAGAAGCUGAAUAAAUCUAGCAAACAAGGUGCGACCGUCCACAACACUGCAGAGAUUCGUCUCAGCAGAGCACUGGAGGAGGUGGAGCGCUUAAAGUCAGAGCUCAGCAAAACUAAACAGAUGAACAAGGAGAAGACAAACGAAGAACAUCAGAAUCGUGAAAAUCUACUAGCAGAAAACAAACUGUUAAAAAAACAGAAAACAGAACUCAUCAUCGGACUGAAGAAACAAUUCAAGCUGAUUGAUAUUCUCAAAAGACAAAAGAUGCAUCUGGAAGCUGCCAAGCUGCUGUCGUUCACAGAGGAUGAGUUCAUGAAGACCCUGGACUGGGGCAAGACCUAAACACUUGUAGACAGCCCACUGUUUGAAAUAAUAAACUAGCAUGUCAUACUGCAAACGUG